UUUCGGCUUAUAAUAAUAUAAGCCGGCUGGCAGCCGAUUUUGAGCCGCCGCCGAUAAAUUUUAUGUCAGCCAGCGCUGCCGCCGAUUAAAAUGCUCGGCAUAUAUCUCUGAUUUAAAAAGCAGCAGUUGAAAUUUUGCCGAAAUCAUAUAUUUUAAAAGUGCGUCCUGAUAUAUUAUUGUUUUAAUUUCUUGUUAUGUUUGUGUUAAUCGUUUUUAAUUUGCGCAAUGGAAAAUAAUCAGCAAUUCUGGAUGGAAGAGGAAGACGAAAAUAGCGUAUUAUCAUCCUCAAAGGAUGAUAACAAUUUUACAUUUCUAAAAGAUCUGAAGAAUAAGGAUAACUGUGAAAGUGAACUUUUAAAUGUGGCCAAACAACUGUUGGAAAAGGAACUUAAUUCUCCUGAAAAUGAAGACGUAUUCAAGUGGUGGUAUGCCAAAUUUGAAAAAUUGCAUGGAAAGCAAAAAGAAUUAGCCCAACGAAUCUGCAUAGAUGCCGUUUUUGCAGCUGCUAAAGGUUCUUUAAACUACGAUGUAAUGAAACAAUUUCGUGAAUCUUUAUCCCGUUCUCAUUCAACAACGUCUGAUAUAAUGUAAAUAUAAUUAAUCGUCCAAAAGUUUUAUGUUCAAAAUUCAUUUUUUAAGAUUUAAUAAUUUUUAAUGAAUUACCUUGAAUUGCCUGUUUUUGUUUAAUGUUUU